CAAUUUAUUACUUCCCUUAUUAACAUGAAUGAGUGAAAAGGAUAUUUCACAUUUCUAUCAAACAUUAGGGAGAAGGGAGAAAGAUUUUUUAUCUCUAAUCUAUGAUGAUUGGUACACGUCUCCAACCAGACUCCAACCAAAGAGGAGACUGAUUGGUUAUUUAUCAUAUUUUAUUUAUUUGAAAAUCCACUUAUAUUAAGUUCUUUUUUUGUAUUACACGUCAAAUUAAAACAUCUUUAAUCCUAAUUUGUUCAUUUGAAAUGGCUGCGAUCCAAGUUCAUGAAUAUAAUGUGAAAAUGACAUGCGAAGGCUGUUCUGGAGCUGUGGAACGAGUUUUGGGAAAGCUUAGAGAUAAAGGAGUACAAGAUUUCACUAUUAGCCUACCUGAACAGAAAGUUGAAGUGAAAACAUCAUUAUCCUCUGAAGAAAUUCUUGAAACUAUAAAGAAGACUGGUAAAGAAGUGAAAUAUUUAUCAUCUCAUAACUAAUUCAACCAUGUUAACUUUUCUGAGCAGCUCCCCAUCAUGAAAAUUUCAUCAUUAGUUGAUUGAUUCUUCAGAAUGCAUCUAUUCAAAGUAUAUAGUUGUUGAGUAUUUGAUAAUAUACAUACCUCAAAAUUGAUCUAACAUUAAUUCAGUCUGUGCUCUUCAAAUUAUGCAUCGUAUUAGCUCAAAUUUUCAAUUGAUCAUAUAUUUGUCUAUUUAUCAAUAACAUUGAAGGCACUUGUUCAAUUAUUUUGAUACAAUAUUUUCAUCAUUCAUCAUUUAAAACACUGCAGUGAUGCAUAUUCCAAUUCUAUUCUGAUAGGGCUGGAUUGGCUUUGUUAUGUUUGUAAAAACCAAAAACACCUUUAGUAAUAAAUACAAGGAAUGGUUGCAGUGCUACAAAUGCAUGAUAUUUAAUCCAUAUCUAUCUAACACGACAUUAAAAAGCAGUUGCAUAACAUGCAUAAAAAUAUGUACUUUCCUAUCUUUUCACAUUGAAAAUUGAUGUGACAACAAUGUCUGAGUAAACUAUCCCACUCCAGACAACAUGUUUACUUUUCAUUCCAUCAAUUCCUUGUAUUUAUUUAAAAAAUUGAGAUAUACCCAUCCUGCUCCAUGAACACAUAACCAAAGAUAGAGGAAGGAGAACAUAACGUAAAAAAAAAUUGUGCUCAACAUCUCUAUAUUCAUGUUUACAUCUACUCCAUUUCUGUUUUAAACAGAAAUGGAGUAGAUGUAAAUUACAUUUACCCCAAUAUUUUAAUGUUCAUUAUCGUAUUUGUGUUUGGUGCAAUAGUGUUUCCUUCGUUUUAAGAUUUACGAGGAUACGUUUGGUACCCCCUUGACAUUCUU